AUGGCUGACAACAACCAAAUGUGUGGUCAAUGUCUUCGUGACAACACAGACAACGAGGGAGUUGUAUACUGCACAGAUUGUGAAGAACCACUGUAUGACUCAUGUAAACGGAAUCAUGCAAUAAAUAGAGCUUCAAUGAACCACACGUUCUGUGACUUUGCCGAAGCUCCACCAAAAGAGAUGCAGGGCUUUCUGAAGAACUUGAUCGCCUGUCGGAAACACGAAAGGGAAGAAGCGGUCUUUCUGUGUAAAGACCACGAUGUGACAUGCUGCAGUAAGUGUGAAACGGCUGAUCACAGAAAGUGCAAGGAAGUUAAGGUCCUGUCAGAUACAAUGAAAGGCGAUUGUUCCGAAUUAAAAACAGGGCUGCGUGAGUUGCAACAGCAAGGCGAGAUCCUUUUAGAACAGGAGCGCAAACACAUGGAAUUGAUAUCAGAAUCAGAAAAUAAAGCAUUAUCAUGGCUUGAAACUACAAAACAGAAACUAUUGGCCAUAUAUAACCAGCAUGAGAACGAAUUGUUGUCGGAAAUUGCUGGUAGGAAGAAACUGAUUGGCGAACAAAUACAAGCACAGAAUGAAAAGCUUCAACUCUUUUUGCAGGACAUCCAACAGCAGUCAGAUUUAAUUGAAAACGUCGAGAAAUUUGGGACUAAUAGCACCGAAACUAAAGAGCAUAGCGACAUAGCACAAGAGUACCAUUCAAAACAUGCAGAAGAUAUCGAUGAUAGUGACAAUGCCAAAGACUAUAUUCCGGAAGAAGGCGAUGCAUCGUCAGAUGAGUCGGUAGUUGUCGAAAUUUAUACCAAACAUUCAAAGAUUUCAGCGUCAACACACACUAGCUCCUGUUGA